AGCUCUCAAAUACGCUCUAUCACGCCACAAGAAAAAGACAACGAAAGGUUUCUUUGAACGAAUUGCGCCAGCAUUAUUGAAGAUAAAGUUUAUAAUUCUAUUCGUCCCAGAACCGUCUGGUACAUUUCAAGUGCUCUAUAGCUUGCGAAAAAUAUCGCUUCUCCCGUGAAAGACGCAUAAAAACAAGUUUUUUUUUGUUUCAAAUCUGCUUUUAGCAUCAUGAGCGGACCAAUAUUCGGUAGCAGCAGUGCGCUGGGUGGCAGUUCCGGUGGGAAUCGACAUCUGGUCGAGUUCCGUGCUGGUCGUAUGAACAUGGUAAACAAGAUGGUUCAUGCGGACAACCGGAAGGGAUUGGUGUACGUGUAUCAGGCGGAAGAUGGUUUAAUACACUUCUGCUGGAAGGAUCGCACCUCCGGGACCGUCGAGGACGAUCUAAUUCUGUUCCCGGACGACUGCGAGUUCAAGAAGCUCGAUUACGUAAAGAAUGGCCGUGUGUAUGUGUUGAAAUUCAAGUCUUCCAGCCGCAGAUUGUUCUUCUGGAUGCAGGAACCGAAAACAGACCGGGACGAUGAAUGGUGCCGCCGUAUCAACGAAGUGAUCAAUAAUCCACCGUCGGGCAAUAGCAUCGGUUCCGGCGGCAGAAGCAGUGGCAAUGAUAAUGGUGAUUUGCAGUACAUGUUAAACAACAUGUCGCAACAACAGAUAAUGCAACUUUUCGGUGGCGUUGGGCAGAUGGGUGGUUUGAGCAGUCUCCUAGGGUCCAUGACCCGUUCCAACUCUGGCAAUUCAAGCAGCCGAACCAGUGCGGCGACUCCGUCAAACCGAAGCAGUAGCACCAUUUCAGCCAGCAACAAUGGCAACAACGGUGGCAGCACCACAACACCAACCACAACCUUGAACGCACCAUCCACACCUCGAGCGCCGAAAAAAACCGGCGGCAAUACGGUGAAGCCCAGCACUGGUUCGGGAGCAUCGACCACUGGCUCCCCGAUGAGUACCCCAGUCGGACGAAAUGCUGCCGGUACCGCCAGCAAUGCCGACGGAGGGUCCCGAAUUUUGCUCUCAGACCUGCAAAACUAUCUGUCCGGUAUCAGUGCGACCGGCGUGGACGGGACCGGAUCGAGGCAAAACAUCGAUCUUGCGUCCGCCGUUAACUCGCAAACGCUGGCGUCAAUCAUUGCGGACCAAGAAAAGGUAGACGCGCUGGUCGCACACCUACCUCAGCUGGAAGGGGACGAGAACAAGAAGGAGCAGCUGAAGGAAACCAUCUCCUCGCCCCAAUUUCAGCAAGCUCUUUCCAUGUUCUCCAAUGCGCUGCAAUCCGGCCAGCUCGGUCCAGUUGUGUCACAGUUUCAGCUAAACGCGGAAGCCGUCGCUGCGGCCAACGCCGGAGACCUGGAGCAGUUUGUGAAAGCGCUGGAGAAUAGCGAAAAAUCGCUCGCCGAUGCAGCAGGCACCGCUAGCAACAAGCAGUCGGCAGGGGCUGCUGCCACCAGUGCCGCCACCGAACAGUCGAAAUCGUCCGAGGUGACGAAGGAGGAGAAUGGGCAUGGUAAGGCGCAAAAGAAAGACCAGGAUGAUGAGAUGGCUGGAUAGGAAACAGAAUUCGGGAGAACUCUGUCCAAAACACUAUCAGGGCUUCAGUAGCACCACCACCAUCAACACACACACACACACACAUAACUGAAUUGUAAGAGGCUUUAGUAUGAGUAUGUGCCUCUUUUUGUCUUUUUCAUGUUUUAACCUUUCUGCCUCGGCUAUUCCUUACUGUAAUCACGAAUAAAGGGUUAUCCAGAAAA